AUGAUCGAUCACCGGAAUGAAGGAUUUCAAGCAGCUGCGACAAUCUCGAUAAGCUGGAGUGGACAGAAACGGACUCCAUUGGAAACGUGUGGAACUAUAAUGGAAGAGAUCGGCGAACUGGAAGACGAAUUGAUGCCGGAGAUGAGAUCGAAUGGAGACAAUCGAACACCAUUGAUAUCAUGGAAAGAGCUGGUCGACGUCGUCGUAGUGGAGCUCAUUGAGUUGGAGGAGCACGGACGAGAAGGAUGCUGGAACGAGAAGACUAAUAUGGCAGGAAGAGGAGGAAUCGAACCUGGAGGAGCCACUGCGCUGGCGGCAUUGGAAAAUGCGCCAGAAGCCGUGAUUCGCUCGGUGUCGUCCAUCACACUCAUCCUCUUCAUCGACUUCUUCGUAUUGUGCUUCGUCGACUUCUUGCCGGAUUUCAGCAUUUUCUGA